UUCCUUCCCUCCAGCACUCACUCACGCACGCACUCACUUACUCACUGUGUGCGUUGUGCUUCCCCCAAAGGCCAAUUUUGGCAACCGUUGACAUUUGUGUUUGGCCUUCCUUCCUUUUUUCGUUUCCUUUCCUUUCGCCUUCUCCUUCUCCUACUUUAAAUAUCAUGCUAACCCGUCGUCGGGUUACCCUCUGACCCAGUGACCUACCUACCUACCCACCCACCCCAUCCUAACAUCAAUCAUUCCUUGUUCCCUCUCAAUCUAAGUCACUGGGCCUUCAAGCGUUUGUCCCGUCUACAAUCUACGGGUAAAUCUCUCUCGCUCGCUCUCCCCAUCUUCCCUCGCCACCUAACCACCAUCUCUGGCCCUCGCUUCGGUCAUGGGCUCCUUGGGAGCCUCGUGGCCGUUUUGGCGGCGGGUACGGCCUACGGCAUGGUCGUGGCCCAUCUUAAAGCAGACCCUGUCCGCCAGCGCCGUUGAGCCCUUGGGAUCCACGCCGCAAACCGUGUACCAAUCGCGGUUGGCAACGGGCGAGUUGACGGUAGACCCCCAUCAAGCCACGGUCAUCACGCACUUUCAGCGGCUCCACGAGCAGUUACGGCACUACGAUCCUGAUCUGGUGGGUGGGUCGCGGGCUGCGUUCCUACCCACUUGGUUGUGGGGCUCGGGGGCCAGUUCUAGUCAUGAGGUUACCAUUCCUGCCGGGGUGUAUCUUUGGGGGACGGUGGGUGGGGGUAAGACCAUGCUCAUGGACCUGUUCUACGAAACGGUCGAGUACAUGGAUGGCCGGAAGAGUCGCGUUCAUUAUCAUGACUUCAUGUUGGAGGUGCAUUCGCUCAUGCACGAAGUGAAAAAAUCGGCCCCGCCGCGUGAUAUCUCCCGUUGGGACACGUAUCAGCCAUUUGAUCCCAUUCCACCCGUGGGUCAGGCUAUUUUGUCCCGCGUGACACUCCUGUGCUUGGACGAGUUCCAGGUCACGGAUAUUGCCGAUGCCAUGAUCCUGAAGCAUCUCUUUUCCUACCUCUUUGCUCAUGGUUUGGUCUUGGUGGCCACCAGCAAUCGCCCGCCCAAUGAUUUGUAUAAGAACGGCCUUCAACGCUCCAAUUUCGUGCCGUUCAUCGAAAUCCUGAAACGAAAAGCGGAGGUGGUGUCCUUGGACCCGGGGAUCGAUUACCGCCGGCAAGCCAUGGGAGGGGGUGAGCACCUCUACUUCAUUUCCUCGGAUCCUACCACCGAUGAGCAAUUGAAUGUAAAUUUCAAGUUCAUGGCGGCCAAGGAAACCGACGAUGUGCGAUCCCGAGUCAUCCGAAUCAAAGGCCGGGAUGUGCCGUUUCAAAAGACUUGUGGGCGGAUCCUUGAUUGCGAUUUUGAUGAGCUUUGCGGACGAGCCCUGUGGACUAAUGACUAUAUCAAGAUUACGCAGGUCUUCCAUACCGUGUACAUUCGCAAUAUCCCCAUUUUGACGCGCAAGUUGCGUUCGGAGGCACGUCGAUUCAUCACUCUCAUUGAUACCCUUUACGAUCAUCGGAUACGUGUGAUUGCCUCGGGUGAAGUGAACUAUUGGGAGCUCUUUCAACCCGAAGAGGCCAGUGAACAAGAUCGUCUGGAUGAAAAUCGAAUGCUGGUAGAUGAUCUCGGCAUAAAAGCCGCGGACAGUGGGUCCAUGGAUGCGAGUGUGUUCUCGGGAGAAGAGGAGCUCUUUGCCUUUGAUCGGACCGUAUCAAGGAUGACCGAGAUGCAAACGAAGGACUAUGCCAAGAAAUGGGCCAAAAGACACGAGGCCACAUCCGAUUGAUGAGGAUGACCAAUGACAUAAUGAUGAUGUUACCUCCAUAGUGAAAAUACUGAUAUACAUCCAGUGAAUCCAAUGAUUUUUAUAGGAAGACGUACUCUUCCAAGCUUCUAAUUUCAAAGAGCAGAAUUCUAUUGUUUUCCAGA